AUGAGUUCUUCGAGCAAAGCUUGGUUGGUGGCGGCGAGCGUGGGGGUGGUGGAGGCGCUCAAGGACCAGGGGGUCUGCAGGUGGAACCACGCCUUCAGAUCGCUGCACCGGCACGCCAAGGGCAGCAUGGGAUCUCUCUCCGUGGCGCAGAGGCUGCCGGCGGCGGUGGAUCGGAGACCGGAGGUGACCGAGAGGGCGAAGCAGGCGGAGGAGUCGCUGAGGACGGUCAUGUACCUUAGCUGCUGGGGCCCCAACUGA